AUGUCAAGCGACGGAUUCGAGGGCUGGGAUCUGAAAUACAUGGCCAACGACGUGUAUCUGUUGACGCUGGAACGGUUUUACCUAUGGAGCUCGGUGACGCGAAAGGUCUCGAGUGUUGCGUUGCCGAUCCGCGGAUGCAUUGACGGCCCUAAAAAUCGAAUUCACGCCAUUGUAUCUGAUUAUCGGAAUGAUUUUAACGCGGAUGUCUUUGUCGUAGUUGACGCUGAUCCGACGAUCACCCAAUAUGUGUUGCCCAAUCCCGCCGUCACCGCUCCACUCUACGUGGAAGGGGUCCACUAUAAUCCGGUCUGCUUCUGGGGCUCUUCGGAACUCACUCACCAGACGAUUCCCAUCACCUCGUACAUGAUUACGAAUCUGGUGACGUGCAAGAUGAGUGUGUGCAUUGAUGGUAGAAGCUUCAUGAAACGCGGCGAGCCAAGUCAUCUUGGCGAACUGGAAAAUGGUUUCUUGGAGGGUGAUCCACUUCUGAAGCUAUGGAGGUACCAGCCGGGAGCACAGCGUAUCACGGCAAAAGGUCCGUUACACCUGGAUAUCUUGAACGCCCUGGACAAGGAUGAAGCUACAGUUUCAAUAGAACGUCAUUCGAAAUUUAGCCGAAUUGACGAACGCUACCUAAGCGCAUGGGAUCAGAAGUUCAAUGUGUAUGCUGUGCAUGUCGAAGGGACAAAUUGGGUCGAAGUGAUUUCGGAGAAGCAGCUUUAUAUACCCUUGUCUCAGGUCGAAGAGGAUGGCUGUAUCGACGGCUGGGACUUGGCGGCGGUGAACGGCCAUGUGUUCCUUCUGACGCACACUCGAUUAUAUCACUUUGACACGACCACUAUAAAAAUUGACGUUCUGGCCCUACCAGUGAAAGGUGUCACCAAGGGUCCACAACACCGGAUGUUCACAACCUCCUACCAUCUUGAGGCUAUAGACGGCAGGAGACCAACUGUAGAUAUUGUGGUGGCGGUUGACGAUUUGCUGAUACUGUAUGCUGUGCAAUCUACUACCAAUCAGCUGGCAUGCCUUCAGAUGCAUAACCCUGGUGUCGGUCGCAUCACGGUGCUGGCCCCAGGUCGAGAUUUUUGGGUCGCUGGUCCAAAAGGCAUUGCGAGUGGUUUGCGAUCAUCUAGAAUCCGGGACGAUCACAUACACUUCCGAUACUUGGCGGGAGAUGUAACCCUACCGACGGAAUUACCGGCCUUUGAAAGAAACGAUCUUCGUCAGGUUUAUCCGGUGCCGGGCGGCGACCGCAUCUGUCUGUAUAAUGGGAACCUUGUACGCUACAGUUAUGCGUAUUGGGCUCGACAACUUUACCGACCGCCUCUCCCCAAAGGGCCCUAUGCCUACUUCCUUGAUGCGAAUACUGAAAAAAUGAGCUUCCUUAUCCUAACAAAAAGCAAGCAAUGUGCCUACGUGGAGUUGAGCCAUCACAGUCUGGGAUGGCAAGUCGAUAUGGAAUGCGACGCGCCCGUCUUCAUGGCAACAAUUGACUAUGAACCGUUCUGCUCAUACCAUACGCCGCACUUCUGGUAUUUUGACAACGCUGCGAACCUCGAGCAAGAUCGACCGAAGAUCAACCAGCCGUUCCGUUUUCUUUCCAUAAAUCGUCGCAACUGUCAGAUCAUCAUCUAUAUGGACAGUGGGCUCUUCAUCCCGCGCAGCGCAUUUAGCCCACGAGACCUUCCAGCCGAUUCAUCGCCAGAUUUUAAAGUCGUCAAGGUCGCCUGCAUCGUCACACCGCUGGUCAACCGAAUUAUCGUGGCAACCGAACACUUCCUGCUGAUGGAAACUCGCUCUGGUUACAUUGAGGUUCACGUCAUUGACAAAAUGAGUCGAUUAAGCCAAACACCGUCCAAUGAAUCGACAGACCCGAUUUCGGAGGACAACAUUCGUGGCCGGAAAAUCGUGGAUAUGGCCGUCUCAGCGCACUCCCACGACAUUAUUGUGCUGCUGGAGUGUGGAUAUGUGGUCCAUUAUGAGUGGGGUCUGACGACGCUGUUUCAAGUGGCCUACCGCCAGGGGCGCUGGAAAAGCCUAAAUGGGAUGUCCAUUGCGCGUUCAUUUCUGGGAAUUGGAUACUUCGGCGUCUUGCCCUCAACUAAGGUAUUUGGGUACGCGGAGCGGAUUAUGGACGAUGGUAGAAAGAUCCUCGUAGCGGCGAUUGAAACCGUGUUUAACGAUGACGAGGUGUUGGUGGUACACUUGCAAGACUUGCGCGAAACAGCUUCACUCAACAGCGACCUUUUGAGCCUGUGGCAUAACGACGAUCGUCACGAAAAAUUGCUACUCAGUGUCCAGAAUCCAAGGUCCCUGCAAGAUGUUUCUUGGGUCUUGCCGAUGAUAUCACGAACUUAUCUACGAGCACCAUUGAUCACCUACAAAAUCAAGAAAAUUGUGGCGGAGCCGAUGGACGAGUUCGGAUUCUCGUUGCUCGCAGUCAUCGGCACCGGUCUCACGUUGCUUGUCUAUCAACCGGAGCUAGAGAAACUAACGGUUCUCAAUGAACAUUUCCCACGCUACCCAUGUGUUGAUGUCGCCUUUUCCAUGGUUAGGAAAGUGGAAGUAGAAGGAAAGACGUGCAUACGAGGAUUUAUCAUCUUGUCCACUGAAGCGGAUAUCGAACUUUUGGAUUUCCUUUUUAAGGGUGACCCAACUGUCAAGGAUUGGGCCACAAAACAGCCGGUUGGCACACCACAAGCACCUAUCCUGCGCAGGAGGGUCAUGAAUGUUGGGCCACGCAUUUGCAAAUUAUAUGUUCCCACCACCUAUGAGACGCUUCGACACCAGCGACUCGCAAUAUUCUAUGUGGCGUGCUGUCCGAAAAAUGAGCGUGACUUUUUUAUCGGAGCAUUGGUCGUUACCGAAGCGCCACUUUCCAAAAAACCUGGCGUGAAGCCCCAAAUGCGCCGCUCUCACGAACGCAUCCCGUGCGUCGGAACAUUUCAGCCGGGCCAGGAAUUUCAGCUGAUGUUGAAACGCAUCCCAGAUGUCGUUUGUCCGACGGUGCAAGUCUACUAUCGAUUAUCCACUGAUCCAGAAAGAUUCAAAUUCGGCACAUGGGACCUCAAAGCGAAGACGCUUGUAUUUGAUAAAGAGGUGGCGGCGUUUGAGUCCGUUGAGGACAAUGGGAAGAUAUACUCGCUCAAGUGGCAGGGCAGCUAUUAUUCGGUGAAAACGCGGCUGGUAGAUCCGAAGCGACAACUGCCGAGUGCAGCAGAAUCCGGUACGACGUUCUACCUGCAUCAACAAGACGGCGCUUUUGGCUGGUUAUCACCAAAGAAAACGAAUGGAAAGCAGAACUUUUUUCCCGAUAAAUGCCUCACCGAACGGGCAAAACGAGCUGAUCUCCAGAAAUGGGCGCCAAUAUUACGCAAUCAUGCCGUGCUCUACAACGAGGAUCAGAUGCAUAUAAUUCGCGCAUGCCCUUGCCUCUCUAAUAAAAUUGGU